UCUUCUAGUCUCUUUCCUAUAGGCUACAGCCGACACUCGACGGGCUCAGGGUGUAUAUAUAUAUAUCUAGAGAGAGAGAGAGAGAGUACUGAGGGGUUUGUCAAAUACAGCAGUUAAGAGAGAGACAGAGAGAGAGGAGAUGAUAUUAGUGGCGAUAGUGGCGGAGUUCAUGGAGGAGUACACGGUGCUGUUGGCGAGGGUGCUGGAGCAUCUCUUCCAUUCGGCGCCUUUCCCAAGGCGGUUUCGGUUUCUCAUUCUCCACAGCCUUCCUUACGCUUCCCCACCUCGACUAGCCCCGGCUUAGGCCCUUUUUCUUUCUUAAUUUGCUCUUUUCUCAUCUCUACCUUUCAUGUUGUUGGUAGCUUCUUCUUCUUUUUUUCUUUUUCGAGUUUUAAGUUGCGGGGUUUCUCCAUUUUCUGUAAAAAUUGGUGGGUUUUUUUUUUGUUUUUUUGUUUCCUUUCUGAUUUAAUUGGUAUCAAAGUUUCAUGGCAUAUAAGGUUCAAAUUGUUUGGUGUAUGUAUAUAUAUGCAGGGAUAAAUAAAUGAAUAAAUUAGAUGGGCAGAGUGCCCAUAUUCAAAGAA